AUGCCCAUGGUUACCACUAGUGCUACGCACUCCUAUCGCUUCACCGAUGAUGGAGGAAUGGAGCUAUUUUCCGAGGAAGGCAAGCAGGAUGUCCUAGAGCGUCGGGUCUACCCUGAGGACAUGAUGCCAUCUCCAGAACGCCCGACCUGA